AAGCUAUCGUCGCUUUGAAUGAACGUAAAGGAAGCAGCCGUCAAGCUAUUAAAAAUUACAUUUUGACUACAUAUAAACUUCCCGACAACAACCUUACAAACAAACGUCUCCGAUUAGCUGUCAAAAAAGGUGUCAACAAUGGAAUUUUAUUUUUUCCCAAUGAACAGAUUAAGAAAGAAAAGGAAGAACCCGAUAAAAAAGAAAAACCUAGCUUUUUUCAAAAUGGCCCAAGUGAUACUAUAAAAUAUGUAAAGAUUAAGAAAGAAAAAAAUGGUGAAGAAUUUAAUCUAAGCAAUAUACUUGAUGAAUAUCCUGAUGGUUCUCAAAUUCUUCGUGAAAUCUUCAAAAUUCGGAUAAUAUGA